AUGGCCAAGAUGGCGCAUCAGCUGGCAGAAGUGGAGGCUCCCCUGGACACAAACCAAGCCGGGGAGCAAGGAAAGGGUGUUUUGAGGCGCUGUAGGGGGCGACCCAGGCUCACAGACUCCGACCGAGCGCAGAGACGGCUGGAAUCCAGAAAGAAGUACGAUGUCAGGAGGGUGUACCUCGGAGAGUCGCACAAGCUGUGGAGUGAUCUCCGCAGGCGGACCGGUCUGAGCGACGCCGGGCUGGCAGAAUAUCUCAUCCUACUCAACUCCACCUAUGGAGAAAAAUACCAGCAGAAAUACUGCGGGAAGAAGAUUGCCCCAGAAGUCUCGGCAAAACAGAAAAGAGGCAGGAAGCAAUGUGUGUCCAGCCUCCAGAGCCUGGUGUGUUGGUACCAGCAGCACUCGCACUCUUGCCCACACGAGCCCCAGCUUAGAGCUCUAGAGACCCAGUCCAACUUCUCCACCACUGCAGUCUGGCAAUGUGAAGGCAACCACUCGUUUGUGCAAUACCUUUUCUCACCUCUGGGGGAGGCAAGUGACUCUGAGCAUGAGGAGGGAGUGAACAGGGACAGCGAUGGAGAGUGUGCAGUCAAAACAGACGUGUCUGUAGCAAAAAACAUAGUAAGCCGGAAGAGAAGGAAGGAGGCUCACAGACAGUUGAAAGACGUGGGAGAAAAUGUGGAUGUUUCUGAGGAACAUCAGGAAACUGUAAGCCAGGUAGAAGAGGUUGUAGUUCCAACCCCUGAAGCCAGCGUACUGGCCUCUUCCAAGGAUGCUCCGCUGACAGGGCAGCCUAUCUGGGAAGUGGAGAUGGUGCGACAGCAAGGCUCCCUCACAGCGGCUUUUCACUCCGUCCCCACAGAGGAAGAGGAGGAGACUGAAGAUCUGAGGCAAGGUAAGGAUGGAGGGGAAGAAGAACGCCUCACAGAAGAGGAAGUCAGGACUGUUAGGCACGAUUACGAGUGCGUUAUGACGGCAUCUUUAGCUGAUGAACUUGACAAGUCUGAUGAGGACUUGGUGCUGUCGCAGAGCCUGAGUGGCUCAGUGCGCCUGAGUGCUCAGACAGAACUGUCAGUCCCACCGACCAUGCAGGUCCAAGAGCAGAGCGAACUGUUUGAGCCUCAGACUCUGCAAACGGUGGUGACCGGCUGUGAGAUUCCUGACCAGAGGACGGCUUUGGAGGGCUCACAGUUAAUUAUCAUCACUGGCCCCAGCUACGAAGCCCUGGCAUCCGAGGGAAUCCAACUCAACAUGGGAGGCGGAAAUGUGGAGGAAGUCACCUGCACCGUCAUUGGGGGCGUCACCUACAACCAGGUGUGCACGGCUGACUCGAAAAUCAGAACAGCAGAGGAUGAGGACUCCAUGACAGGUAUGACUGACAAACAACUGCUGCAGCCCAGUGUUGACACUUUGGAGCUGGGCAGUGACAGACAGCUGCAGAGGAGUCUGAGCAGGUCAAAGAGAAGCAGACGAGGCCCGGUGAUCGAGGCUGAUGGGAUGCUCAAGAUGUUCCACUGUCCGUACGAGGGUUGCAGUCAAGUCUAUGUAGCAAUUAGCAGCUUUCAGAAUCACGUGAACCUAGUUCACAGGAAAGGAAGGACAAAGGUUUGCCCCCACCCUGGCUGUGGAAAGAAAUUCUACCUGUCGAACCAUCUGCAUCGCCACAUGAUCAUCCAUUCUGGCGUUAGAGAUUUUAUCUGUGAGACUUGUGGAAAGUCAUUUAAACGCAAAAAUCACCUGGAGGUUCACAGGCGGACGCACACAGGAGAAACACCACUCCAAUGUGAAAUCUGUGGCUACCAGUGUCGCCAGCGCGCAUCCCUGAACUGGCACAUGAAGAAACACACUCCAGAGGCCCACUACAACUUCACCUGUGAGUUCUGUGACAAGAGGUUCGAGAAGCUGGACAGUGUCAAAUUCCACAAGUUAAAGAGUCACCCAGACAAGCAGGCAACCUGAGGUGCAUAAGCAUUACUGGCUGGACACCUCCGAGACCAAAGGAAGUCUUCCAGUGAAGAGAGAGACUUUGCCGCGUCUGUAUUGCCUUGCACGUCCAGGGCGAUGAACAUCAGCCGUGUUCUUACAGGCUGAGGAUGAAGGCAGGAGUGAUUCGGACUAACAGCUGUGCAGGACGCAUGCUGUGUCAGAGGCUAAUUUCCUCAUUUGGUAAAGAGUGAUUCCUAAAUACUUCAAGCAACUGUUCACAUACCAGACUUGGCAAAAUCAGUCAGAAUUAAUUUGAUAUGUUUUCUGUUUUUGUUUUGUUUUUCAGGACAAUUUAAAAAAGAAGAAGUGAUUAAACAUAGCUGUAAACAUUAGCAAGGCUCGUUAACUAGCUUGCUAGUAACUGUUGCUUUCUGAGCUGGUUGUGCUUUGUUACAGGUUCAUUUUUAUUUGGGGUUACAGAUUAAGUAAAAGAACCGGUCACAUUCAUGACCAGCCCACACACCGUGUAGUAUUUCCCCACUCUGUGGGAACCAAUUCAGAAUGCUUCUAGAUCUGAGAUUUGGCUACUUAUUUUCAGCAACCAUAUUUGUUUCCUCUGGCGUGAGCAGACAGUCGUGUAAUAAUAAACGUUUUUGUAGGCUCUGGAAAGUGUCCUGCAGUUACAUAAAGGGCAUAUUGAAAACAUACAAAAAAAAUUAUUUUUUCAUGUGUAACCAUGAAGAUCUCUGUUUCCUUAAACAAUUCAGUUCAGUUUCAUUUAUACAAUGCUAAAUCCCAAAAGCUGUCACCUUAAGGUGCUUUAAAUAGUAAAGUCAAUAUAAAGUCCAGCAAUCCGACGACCCCAUAUAAGCAAGCACUUUGCAAAAGUGGGAAGGAAAAACUCCCUUUUAACAGGACGAAACCUCCAGCAGAACCAGGCUCAGGGAGGGGCAGCCAGCUUUAACUGGUUGUGGGUGAGUGGGAAAGACACUAAUGGCAUAGAGCUAAAAGGUCAAAGUAGUGCAUCAUGGGAAGCCUCCUGGAGCUUAGGUUUAUCACAGCUUAACUAAGGGAUGGUUCAUUGUGACGAGCCCUAGUUUAUAAGCUUUAUGAAAAAGGAAAAUUUGGGUUGCUCUGGACAAAAAUACUUCAUUGGUUUCUCGGCUUUGCUUGUUAAAAAGCAAGAUCCUCAGCUGUUUUUAAUAUAGCUAAACUCAAAUUUGCAGUCCUUUUCCGAAGCACCAUUGCUACGUUUGAAUCGAUCCCUGGAAGUCUCAUUCUGACCACUUACAUCUGUGCUGGUAAAAUCGACUUUCGUGUCAAAAUGACUAAGAAAGUACUUUCAGUUCCUUUGGUAUUUUCCAAGUUGAUGAAUCUGCAGGUUUUAAUGUAGCACAGAUAUUAUGUGAGCUUGGUGCAACUCUAGCAUAUAUCUUGCCUUGGGAGCAGUACCAGGACUACAGUAGCUUUGGACCAUCUGAGGCUGGGUUUGUGUCUCCUCCUGGAGUUCAUUUAGUGAUCUUUUGCACAUAAGAUGAAUGUGCUAGCCACUACACCAUGGACUCACUAGACUGACCUAUGAGUCAUAACUGUUAAGGAGACCUGUAUCUCUGUCUGUGGCCUGGAAAACAAGCAACCAUUUUCAGUUUUCUUUGUCAUUUACAAGUUAGAGUUUAAAGUCCUGAGCCAUCUGAUUAGUUGGAAAUGGCCUCCUCAAACACAGCAACUAUUGUUUGCUCUCUGUCAGUGCAGUAAAAUUCAAAUUUUUAUCCAUCCU